CAUUGUUUCAGUCAGUCUCAGUCAAUUUUGGCCCGUUGGCCGCACUCUCGACGACGAGGUGCUGAGAGAGUCGUCUUUCGUCGCUAUCGGCCAUUGUCUUCUGACAUGGAAACCUAUCAAAAUGGCAGAAGUCAUGCAGAUGUUUUUGUUCCUAUUUAAAUCGAAAUACCGUCGGAAAAGUUUAUUACGCGUGCACAAGUGGAACAAUGUUUUACCCUGCGCAUUUUUAUGGCUAGUGAUAAUUUGGGCGUCGUUGUUACAUAGUGCUGUAAAUGCAACCUCAACGACUUCAGAUUCGCCCUGUGACCUCGACAGUUGUGUCAACGGGGCCUGUGUCAAUGGCAGUUGCAUUUGCCAUGAGGGAUGGCAAGGACCGGCCUGUCAAUAUUGCGGUGGCAAAGUCAGAUUGACGGAGCCUUCUGGAAGUAUUCAAGACGGAAUUGGUAAUUAUACGACGGAUGUGAAGUGCUCGUGGUUGAUUGAGAGUAAUCCAAAUUCCACGAUACGAAUGCAUAUUGAGGAAUUUGCAACGGAAUGUGGUUGGGACCAUUUAUACAUUUUCGACGGCGACAGUGUAGAGGCACCAUUGCUUGGUGUCUUUACUGGAUUGAUGCACAAGGAUGGCUACCACAUCCGGAGAGUACCGGAAGUGAUCGCUCGCUCCGGAAAUGCUCUUCUUCAUUUCUACUCAGACGUCGCAUACAAUAUGAGCGGCUUUAAUAUCACCUACAAAAUUAAUGCAUGUCCCAGCAGAUAUUCGCAUGCAGACUGUUCUGGACACGGAGUUUGCAUAGAGGGGGUGUGUACGUGUGAUGCCACGUGGACUGGGGAAGCCUGUGACGAGCAAGUCUGUCCCAACAAUUGUUCAGCUCACCAUGGUCAGGGCGAAUGCAAUCGAGAGAAGCACCACUGCGAAUGUGCUCGUGGAUUCAAAGGAUCAGACUGCAGUCAGAGAAGUGAGCGUGGUUACUGGGAAUCCAUCACGUAUAAGGAUUUUUCUCCUGAAGGCUCAGCGAGCCAUUGUGCGAUAGUUUGGAGGGAUUCGCUUUACGUGGUGGGUGGCGAAAGUUUUCAUCGGGCGAAAAUGAUCUAUGUCUAUGAUUUCAAUGGAAACGUUUGGGAAACACCUCACGUAGAGGGUAAACUUCCACUGCCUCGUUACGGUCAUUCCUGUGUUCUCUUUGGGGAUAAAAUCUACUUGUACGGUGGCGUCAUUCAAAACUCGACAGUGACCAACGAAUUGUGGGCGUUCGAUGUUUCUGCCAAGGUUUGGGAGAACGUCACCGUUCACGACGAAUGCAGCAAUCGUUCUAUGUGCGGACCACUCAAGGUCGCUGGACAUACAGCGAAUCUCGUUCAUGGAAAAACGGAGAAAAUGGUGAUAAUUUUUGGUCAUUCGCCACAAUAUGGAUAUUUGAAUACAGUUCAGGAAUAUCAUUUUGGAACGCGUGAAUGGCAAAUUGUUGAGACUUAUGGUUUCCCUGUGAAAGGUGGUUAUGGUCACAGUUCAGCACACGAUCCAUUGACAAAUCUCAUUUAUGUUUAUGGUGGAUGUAUCUCGGAAUCACAACUUUCGCAAACGCUAACGAGUCGAUUGUACUCUUAUAAUUAUAUGAGACAAGAAUGGAGAUUAUUGACUUCCGCUCCAUCGGCACGAUUCUUCCAUACCGGAGUUUUUAUCACCAGUGGAAUGAUGAUUGUCUUCGGUGGUAAUACGCACAAUGAUACACUACAUUCACAUGGAGCAAGAUGCUAUUCGGCUGAUACAAUUGCGUAUGAUGCUAUUUGCGAUUCAUGGCAUCAAUUUCCUAUGAAGUGGCAAGGCUCGCCUGAUAAGUGGGAAGAUUUACCAAAGGAAAUGGUCAAUCUUCCACGAUAUGGACACAGCUCGACGGUCUUUGAAAAGUCGAUGUAUAUUUACGGUGGUUUCGAUGGACAGAUGCUCUCCGAUAUGCUCAGAUACACACCUGGAACGUGUGAACAUUUGACCUAUCAAAAUUGUUUGAACGCGCGAAUUGGAGUGAAAUGUGUUUGGGAUAGAAAGGAUAGUAUAUGUGUGCCAAUCACAAAAAUUGAUAGACGUCGCGAUGAGACGUAUAUGAAAUGUUUUGAUGAAACACCAUCGCACGGAAUGACAUCGCUCAAGGAACUCUGUCGAUUACUCACUGAUUGUUCAGCAUGUGUUCAAACAUCCUAUAAUUGCGUUUGGUGCGGUAAAGUUUGUUCCCAUGAAAUUUGUCACAUGCGAAUACCGCCAGGACGCGCUGUCGUUACUGAAUUAGAUCAAUGCGAAGCGCAUACGGGAAUUGAGUGUCUUCAAUUUCACACGUGUCAAGCAUGCUCCAGUAAUCCUUAUUGCACUUGGUCCUGGUCCAAUGGACCCGAUCGAUGUAAACCCAUCGCCAAAAAUCGAGACCUAAUCGCCAUCAAUGUGACUCAGCCUCAACGAUUGACGAUGGACACGUGUCGCAGUCCAUGUGUGGAGUAUACAUCCUGUAGAAAUUGCACAGAAUCCGAAUGUAUUUGGUGUCAAAAUGAGGGAAAAUGCGUUGAUAGAAAUGCAUAUCCAGCGAGUUUUCCAUAUGGACAGUGUCGCGAAUGGACGACACUUGAUUCACGUUGUCGUGCAACUGAAACGGGAAAAGAAUGGUGUAGUUUCUAUUCAUCGUGCUCGAGUUGCAUCUCCGAUCCGGCUUGUGGUUGGUGUGAUGAUGGUUCGGGAACGGGAAAAGGCCGAUGUAUGAGUGGCGGAGCACGACACUGGAAUUCUGGAACAGACACAUGUGUCAACGAUCGGUGGUACUUCACCGAAUGUCCAACUUGCCAAUGUAACGGCCAUAGUACGUGUCUUCCAAACAGUAGCGUUUGCAUUCAACCUUGUGCUAAUUUAACGUAUGGAUCCCACUGUGAUAAAUGUAUCCCUGGAUAUUACGGGAGUCCUGUUAAUGGCGCAACUUGUCAACGUUGUUUUUGUAAUGGCCAAGCCAGUCAGUGCACCAGUGAAACGGGAAAAUGUUUCUGUACAACGAAAGGCAUUACUGGCGAUCAUUGUGAACGCUGUGAUGUGAGUGGUCUUUAUCAUGGAGAUCCUACAAAAGGAUCUUGUUUUUACGAUUUGGCGAUUGAUUAUCAAUUUACAUUUAAUCUUAGCAAGAAAGAAGAUCGACAUUACACAGCGAUUAACUUUAAAAAUUCGCCGCCUAAACCCGAUGUUGAUGCAGAAUUUACAAUAACAUGUUCUGUAUUCGCAAAAAUGAACAUUACAUUUAAAAAGAUCAAUAGUCCCGAAUUGCCACUAUUGCACACUAAUUGUUCAACGUACAAACAACGUUUCUAUAAAACUGAUUAUAAUUUUGGAAGUGAGGACAACAAUACACUUACCACUUUCUACGUAUACGUUUAUGACUUCCAACCACCAUUGUGGAUACAAAUUUCAUUCUCCCAAUAUUCGAAACUUAAUCUUCAACAAUUUUUCAUCACAUUUUCCACAGACUACAUGACUCCGCACAGGUGUUUUUUCGCUCUUCUGAUGGUGGCAGCAUUCCUUUGGAAAAUAAAACAAAAAUACGACUUGUAUCGAAGGAGACAGAGGCUUUUCGUUGAGAUGGAGCAAAUGGCAAGCAGAGCGUUCAGUCAAGUUUUGGUUGAAAUUGAAAAGCGCGACAGCAGCGAUUCUGAAACUGAUAGAAAUGAGGACGAAUUGAAUAAUUUGCGGAAAAAGAAAAAGGAUGCACCGAGUCCAAUUGCUUUGGAGCCAUGUUCUGGGAAUAGAGCAGCAGUUUUAUCAUUGCUAGUCAGAUUACCAACUGGUGGAGAGCCGUACACACCAGAGGGACAAAGUGCCGGUUUGGCUGUUGCAUCUGCGUUGGUCACAUUGGGCAGUCCUCGAAGACCAUCUCAAGAAUUGACCACGAAGGAGCCGAAAAAAUCGAGAAAAUCAGCCAGUCAACAUCCAGACUCCACGUGCAUUUAGCGGUAAAUUAAAUAAAAAAAAAAAUCAACAAAUAUAUUAAAACUCGCCAGGAUAAUCUUUAAUUAGGAGACUUUUUACAGUCUUUUCUCUUUAUAAAAUUAACUUGCGUCGAUGGAAAAGCUUACAUACAUUUUCUUUAUUAAAAAAAAAAGAAAACUUGUCGCUUAAGACUUUGGUGCCCUUUUUUAAUUAUGCCAGUUGUGUUCAUUUUUUUCUAUUUUUUUUUUCUCGUUUUGUUCAAAGUCCAGUUAGAAUUAAUUAAUCUUUUUUCCCUCCUUGUGUUCUGAUUUUAUUUGAGCGACAGUUACAAGAGCAGAUUAAUUUUCAAGCUUUGAAUUUCAAAUAUCGCUUUUAAGUUUUUUUUUAUAUAUAUAUUUAUACAUAUAUAUGUCUACGUUUUACAUCUAGAUGUAAUAUUUAGAAGUUUGUUUUUAAUUUUUUUUCCUCCAGAUAUAGUUUAUUAUAAAAUUAAUAAACUUAAUAAUGAACAGUAGUUUAUAAUGAAAUUAAUGAACAAUAAUAGUUUAUUAUGAAAUUAAUAAACUAAUAAUAUAAAUAAUAUUGAUUAAUAUUAAUUAAUAUUAGUUUAUAGUGAUGUAAAUAUUGCUAAUUUAAUUAAUAUGAAAUCAAUUUUGAUUCCAUCGAUGCGAGAAUUGUACAGAACUGUAUAUAGAAAAAAAAAGAUAUUAGAAUUUUGAAGAGAGCAAAAAAGAAAAGUGAAGCAUUUUUUCAUUGUUUCAUUUUGAAUGCGGGCUAAAGAAGUUUUUAAUGACGAACGUCCAGGCUGUGCUAAAUAAUUAUUCAUAGCAAAUAUUUAAGAAUUUUUGAUGAAUGAAAAAUAAAAUUAUUAAUUAUGGAAAUUAUUUUUAACAAGAAAAAUAUUGUUUCAUCGAUUGUUUUGGAAAAUAAUUUUCAAUUCAAUGAACGCUUCGGACGUUUAUCAUUAAUUUGACAAAUUUGUAAUGAAAUGGUUCCGAAAAAAAAAAUUCGAAAUUAAAAUUCUAUGGAACUUAUAAAAAGGAAUGAAGUCGUUGCAAUAAUAGUGAUAGUUUCGUCUAGAUUUUCACUUUAUAUCUUUCCAUUAUAAAAAAAACUUCGUCCUGAAUACGUUUUAAAUACUCAAAAAAAAAGCUUUUUAGGAAAUUUUCAAUUUACUAAUUUUAAUAUUGAAUUCCUUUUCGUUCUUCCCAUUGACAAUUUUUUAAUAUAUCUUAAAUUAUAAAAAAAAUCUUUACAUCUAUACUAUCUUUCUUAAUUUUGAGUUAAAUCCAUUGUUUUUUAAUGGAACUUUUUUUAUAGAAACAAAUUUUGAACUUUCUUUUUUUAGUGUAUGUAAUUAUAAUACACAGUGACUUUUUUUUAAAAAAACAGUAUUCGAGACACUUCAAUUUUUGUUUAUUAUAAUUCUUUUUUAAAGAAUAUUUUAUUUCAAUCAUUUAAAGAAUUAUUUAAAAUAAUUAAACUUUUAAAUUAGACUUUUGUUAGUCUCUUGACUGUAGCAAUAUAAUUGGAAAAUAUCCUUGACAUUCCAAUUUUAAAUGAAGGACUGAUUAAAGUUUAAAGAAUUCAUAAGAAAAAGUGGAGGAAAAAGAAACAUGUCAUAAAAGAAAGAUCAUAAUACAUUAAAUUAAUAAUUUUCACUUUGCAGUAGAAUUAUGCAAAGAAUCUCGAAUUUCUUAUUUUGUAAGGACGAAAUCGAACUCGAAUGUAGAUUUAAGAAUAGGACUAUGUACAAAAAGAUAAAAAAAAAACCUCGGUCUCGAUUUAAAAGAUAAAAAAAAGAAUGAUAUUUAAAAUUUCGAUACUCAUAGAAGAUUUUUGUAGUAAUAGAGAUGGCAGCCAGUUUUUCUAUAGGAAUGUAGAUGGGAAGUAUUUAUUUUUAUUCGAUACUUUGAUAUAAUAUACGAAUGAAGUAGAGCCAAGAAAUCGUGUUUCAAUAAAAAAAAAGAAAAAAAAGAAAAAAAACUCUUCGCUUCCCACGUAAAAUUUAUUAAUUACCGAUUGUAAUAACAUUUUUAUUGUAAAUAGUCGAAUAUAUAUUUCAAUUCGAACGAAUUCGUAUAUAUAUAUACAUUUUGCACAUUUUAGCAAGAAACAAAAAGAAACUAAUGAAAAAUUUAGUUUCUCGUCUGUAUAUAGAAGACAGUUUUUUUUUUAAUUGGAGAAGAGAAUUUUCUUUCUUCGAAAGUAUUUCCUAUUUUUCUCACACAUAUUCAUUGCUCUUCUCAUUAUUCAUUAAUUGGUAGCGAAUCAAAUAAAUAUUUAAGCAUUUUAAAAAAAUGUUUAACAUGUUUUUCAUGAUAAUUCAUCGACUGUAGGAUUAACCAUUUUUUUAUAUAAAAAAAAACUACAAGAAAAAAAAAAGAUAUGAAAAGCGAAAAGCCAAAAAAAAAUUUCAAUGCGUUUCGCUUUGUUUGUAAUGUAAUUUUUUAUUUUUAAGAAUAACACAUUCUUAAGACCGCUGUAUAUAUUAUAUAUAUAGGUAUGUUUGAAAAUUCAAAAUGCAGAUCAAUUAUGAGUCAUAAUUUGAGAAUUUUUGUAAUAAACAUUUUUUUUUUUUUUUGUAAUUUCGUUCGGAUCUUUUGCAAUAUUAAUUUCUAUAGAAAACUUUUUCAAUAUUGUAAAUAAGAUUCUAUAUCUUUUUAAAUGUUAUUAAAUUGUCUCUAUAUUUUUAAAGUAAAAGAAAAAUUCUUUUUCUUUAUGUUAAAAUUAAUUUUUUAUGAUAAUAAAUAUAAAUUAUUGUUGUAAAAAUUGGAAAAAAUUAUCACAGUUAUUAAAAUUAAUUUUAAUGACGAUCGGCCUAGAAAAUUUUUUUAAUUUUAUUUAAUGACUCAAAAUAUGAAAUGUAUUAAAUUAAAUUCAUACCAAGUUAAAGACAGAAACAAAAUUUGUAUUUUAGCUGAUAAAAUUUGAUUGUGCAAAUUUUAUGACUUGAUAUAGAACAAGUGAUUUAAACUGGAUUUUUGAAAAUUCAUUUCCUGCGCACAUACCGUCAUUUUUGAUAUUAUUUCAAUGUUAUUAGAAUGUCUAAUUUAUUUAUAUAUAUAAAUUUGUAAUGUAUUUUAUAAUUAUUAUAUCGAAUAUUAUUAUAUUCGAUGUAUAAAUUAUAUUCGAAAAUAGUCUAUAAAAAAAAAUUCCUUUUGUAAUGAAAGGUGCGAAAUUGAUUAAAAAAAAAAAAAGUAAGUCAUCGAAAUCGAAUUGUCAUUGAAUUAGAAUUAUAUUGUACAAUUCAUUGAAAUUCUAAAAUUAAUGAAAAGUAGAUUUUGUUUUUUUUUUAUAAAAAACAUUUCUUCAAAGUAAUGUUCUCUGUAUAUUUUACAUUAAGGCUCAUACCACAUCGGAUUAUAUAUUCAGCUUAUUCUAGUCUUAAUGAUGUUGCGAAUGCGAAUCCGAAAAAAUGUGUGACAAGAUUUAUAAAAAAAAAAGUAUAUAUAUAAUAUAUCGUAGGAAAGCGAUUUGCCGAAAGCAAUUUUUUCACUUGCUAUUAUAUAGAAAUUUACUAAAGUGACAGAAGAAAUUAUUAAUUUCUUCAAAAAAAAAAAAAAAACAAACAAACAAACAAAAAAAGGAAUAAAUUAAUUAAUAAUAAGAAAUUUUUCUUAAGAAUUCCUAAAAAUAGAAGUAGACUUUUCUAAAAGAUCUGUUGUAAAAAUUUAAUAUAAGCUUGAUCUAACUAAGGAAAUAUGUUUACAUUAUUACGUCACUAAACAAAUCAUUAAAAAAUUUUAAUCGUUUCGUUUUUCAAUUAAUAAACAUUUUUAAUUAAAAAAAAAUUUCAUAUUAAUAAAAAUAUUAAAACCCAUAAAAUUAUGAUUUUGUACAGAAACUUAUAAAAUCAAAUUAUAAAAAAGUUUAUACCUAUUUACAUAGUUUGGAAAUAAAUUUUAAAUUUAAAAAUAAAUUUUCAAUGUCAUUUUUUCGAUAUUGUAAAAUUUCAAAAUUUGACGAUUGGUAAUUUUAAUGACUCGAUUACUGACACGAUAAUGUAUCACACAUGCCCGGAAAUAUUUUUCAAUUCGAACAAAACUUUAGCUAGGAAACCAAAAUUUCGUUUUUACUUUUAUAAAUAUUAAAAAAAAAAAAAACUAUUAUUUUUGUUAGCAAUUCUUCUAUUUUGGACUUUACUUUUUUAAAAUUAUUUUUUAAAUUUGUUUCUAAAAUUUUUAAUUGUGAUAAUUAAAGUUUUUUUUCUCUUUUUUUAAAUAAUAAUAAUUGUAGUGUACCUUGUAAUUGUAAUAAGAAGGCAGCUCAAACAUUUAUAUAAGACUGGCAAAUGGCAUUUUCCUAAAAGAAAAAAAAAAGAGAGGAAAACGUAUUUCGAAAAAAAGAGUGAACAACACACAAUUGUAUUUUUAUGCUAAAAAAAAUAUCUACAUAGUCCACAUAUUGCGAAUGAGACUGAAUGCUGCGCGAAUGACAGAACAUGAAAUUGUAUUAUAAAACAAAUAUUGUUUAAAUAAAUUGAUAUACAUAAUGCGAAA